AUGGGCCCUCCAAGAAAACGCUUCUGUGACGGUAAGGCGAUUGUCCAGAAAGUGUCUAGUCAGGGCAUUGUCUGUGAGGUUUGCACUGUGGAAUUUCAAAAAUCUGCGGUUCACUGGUCAUCACAACUUGAUGCUCUGCCGGUACGCUUUAUUUGUCCGGUGUGCAUAGCAGAUAGGGGCAUGAUUUUCGACAUCUCCACAACAUUAAUUGUUGUUCCAGAAGCCCUACUUCAUCAGUGGUUUGAGGAAAUUCGUCGUCAUUGUAGGAAACGGGUUGUUGUCGAUGUCUAUUAUGGUGUUGCAACGGAUGGUUAUAAACACCCUGCUUACUUAAAUACGUGUGAUAUCUUGUUGUGUACGUACGAAACAUUCCAGAAGGAAAUCUACUACAACUUCAUCACUAAGUUUGUGGAUGAUUAUGAUUGGUUUCUGCUCCGUUUUUAA